AUGUUAUUUCGCAUUGCUCUUUCCUUUCUAUGUCUUACUACCUUGGCAAUUCAUGCAGAGGAGUCUCUUCCGGCUCAUGGUACACGAGCAUCCGACAUUUGUUAUGGUGAAUAUGGAUGUUUUACCACGGCAAAGCCAUUCGGUGGAACAUUACAACGACCAUUCGCCGUUUUACCUGAUCGAAAUGGUGCGAUUGGCACUACAUUCUAUUUAUAUACCAGAGAUACGCGUAGAACACGUACUGAAAUCGGUCGUUACACAACUCUUGGUGCAUGGGAUGUAAGCAAACCAACAAAAGUUUGUAUUCAUGGCUUUGUUGAUAGUAUGAAUACACCAUGGUGGAUCGAUAUGAAAAAUGCUAUACUUGAUGCAGAAGAUGUUAAUGUGAUUUUGGUUGAUUGGUCGAGAGGUAAUGGAUUCCCGUAUGAGAAGGCAACAGCGAAUACUCAAGUGGUCGGUGCUGAAAUUGCAUUAUUUAUCAAUUAUUUGAUUGCACAACAUGGAUCUAGAGCAACAGACUUUCAUAUCAUCGGUCAUUCUCUCGGUGCUCAAACAGCAGGCUAUGCUGGAGAGCGAAUUACUGGAUUGGGUCGAAUUACUGGAUUGGAUCCUGCUGGUCCUUAUUUUGAAAAUACUGAUCCAGUAGUUCGUCUAGAUCCUACUGAUGCUUUAUUUGUUGAUGUUAUUCACACUGAUGGUGCUCAUAAUCUUCUUCUUGGACUUGGUACUCUUCAACGAAUGGGUCAUGCUGACUUUUAUCCUAAUGGUGGUUCUGAUCAACCUAGUUGUUCAAAGACACCAGGCAAAAUAUUAAAUCUUAUUGUUCAACUCGGAACAAUGAAUAUUGAUGGCUUUUUGGUAACAUCAUUAUGUAGCCAUUUGGCUGCUGUAUAUUUUUUUACUGAUUCAGUUCGUAACCAAUGUCCAUAUGUAGGCUAUUCAUGUAGUAACUUUGAUGAUUUUAUUGCGGGUAAAUGUUCAUUGCAAUGUGAUGGUAAGACUCAUCAAUGUAAUCGUAUGGGUUAUUGGACUUCACCCACGGGUGGCAAAGGUGAUCUGUUUUUGAGAACUCAAGAUGCUAACGCUUUUCCAUAUUGCAUAAAUCAUUAUCAAAUUACUCUUCAAUCGGGUUCAGGCUAUACACAAACACGUGGCACAGUAACUAUUACACUUAUUGGUAGUCUUAACACCGUUACAGUUACUUUUGAUGACGAUCAAACAACAUUCAAGCGUGGCUCCGUUGAAAAUCGUUUCAUUCCUUUGACUAUUGAUAUUGGUGAAGUACUAAAUGUUGACCUUAAUUUUAAGAAAACAGGAAACUUAAUAUCAUCGUCAUGGUAUUCAUCUUCAUGGACAUUUACUAAAGCGAUUGUACUCAAUGGUGAUAAUCAAAAUAGGUAUAGUUCAAACAUAUAA